AUGGCUACAGACAACCAAGCCCCCAGCCCGCACCAGGCCCCGCACUCGCUGGCCGCCGCCGCCGCGCUCAAUGCCCACGAGGAGCGCCGCUCCACCAGCUCGAGCGCGCGCAACUCGACCAGUCGCCGCCGCUCCAGCGUCCGCAUGAACCUCAAUCUCAUGGACCCCAACCUGCCCAUGCCUUCCGAGGUCCAGAUGAGCCCGACGCUGCACUCGCACCGCCCGUCGUGGCCCGCGAGCCCGUCGCACCAGCGCGCCCCGAGCCUGGGCGAGAUCCACCAGGAGCUCGAGAACGAGCAGGAAGCGCAGGUGAACCGCCUGCUGCAGAUGAUCCGUCGCCAGCAGACAGAGAUCGCUACGCUUCGGGCCAACGACAGCACCCCGCCAGCCUCUGGCCCACGCGACAGCGCCAUAGACGACAGCACCCCCUCUUCCGAGCGCUCUCUUUCCCUGCCCCAGUCCGCUACCGCGUCCCAGUCCAACGUCUCCCAGAUUGCCCCUCCGCGCUCCCGUUCGCCGAUGCCGGCCGCCCAAGGCCCCGGCAGCCUCUCGCGCAACAGCAGCCACCGACAGUCCCGGAACAGUAGCAGGACGGGCAGUCCGGCUCUGCGCCCAAUAUCCCACCACAGUGAGAGCGGAGAUUGGCUGCUUGGAGCCUCGGGCAGCAGGGACGAGAGCGCAUUCUACCAGGCUGAGACGCAGAACCUCACGCGGGAGAACCAGAUGCUCAAGAUGAGGAUUCGCGAACUUGAACGCCAACUUCAUGAUCUUAACCCAAGCUCCCCUCAAGCGCCCGCCAUCAGCUCGAACCUCUCCAGUCCGCCGCUCCGCCCGGCUGAAGAAUCAGCCACGGCGGGUGCCGGAGCUAGCGACGCCCGUCCUGCUCCCGCCGACGCCGGAGCCAGUGCGACGCCGGCAACGUCCGCUUCAUAG